CCAGCUCUUCGAUUUCUCUCUCUUUCUCUUCUCGCUGGCGGAGAUUGAGAGAAAGGCGAGGGCUUUGGGCUGGAUCUCCUCAAAAUCAUCGAGUUCUAGCGCUUGUUCUCAUAGUUGAGACCCUUGUGAUCGGUUUCAAGAGUUGCAAUUGAGCUUAGGAGUGAUGCAGUAGGAGGAGUGAUUUUAAUUUAUUAGGGUUGUUUUGUGCGGUAUUAGAUAGAGAGCGAGAAUGGCGCAGAGCAAUUGGGAAGCUGACAAGAUGCUUGAUGUUUAUAUUUAUGAUUAUCUCUUGAAACGGAACUUGCAAACCACUGCAAAGGCUUUCAUGGCUGAGGGGAAGGUUGCUGCGGAUCCAGUAGCAAUUGACGCACCAGGAGGUUUUCUCUUCGAGUGGUGGUCUGUCUUUUGGGAUAUCUUCAUUGCAAGAACCAAUGAAAAGCAUUCUGAAGUUGCUGCUGCAUAUAUAGAGACUCAACAAAUCAAGGCCAGGGAACAACAACAGUUGCAGAUGCAGCAAAUGCAGUUAUUCCAGCAAAGACAUGCUCAAUUGCAGCGGACUAAUUCUAAUCAUCCUUCUCUAGCUGGGCCCAUGAAUGCAAUUAAUGCUGAUGGUAUCUUGGGGCAAUCAACUGCUAGUGGCUUGGCUGCCAAAAUCUACGAAGAACGUUUGAAGCAACCCCAUCCAAUGGAUUCUGAGCCUCCCCCUCAACUUCUUGACGCCAGUAGGAUGGCCCUUCUCAAGUCAGCUACUAGUCAUGCAGGGCAGUUAGUCCAGGGCAAUGCAGGCAGUGUAUCUGCAGCUCUGCAGCAAAUUCAAGCUCGAACUCAACAGGCAACUGAUAUCAAAACUGAGGGUAACUUGGGUGUAGCACAAAGAUCAUUGCCUAUGGAUCCCUCAUCACUGUAUGGGCAGGGCAUCAUUCAAUCAAAAUCUGGUUUACCUGGCAGCGGUAUGAACCAGGGAGUCAGUGGUCUUCCACUUAAGGGCUGGCCUUUGACUGGAAUUGACCAACUACGCCCGAGCUUAGGCCCUCAAGUACAGAAGCCAUUUUUGUCAACACAAAAUCAAUUCCAGCUUUUGUCACCUCAGCAGCAGCAUCAAAUCAUAGCACAAGCCCAAGCACAAGGAAGCCUUAAUAGCUCAUCUAAUUAUGGGGAUAUGGGAAGAUUUAGAGCCAUGCCAAGGGGUGGUUUGAAUGGGAAGGAUGGUCAACCCAUUGGAAAUGAUGGAUCAAUUGGCUCACCAAUGCAAUCAAGUUCACCUAAGGUUAGACAGGACCAAGCAGAAUAUCUUUUGAAGUUGAAGGCAGCCCAGGCUCAACAGUCUUCUGCCCAACAAUCACAGGAACAGCUGCAACAGCAACAGCAACUGCAGAAUAAUAGAAAAAGGAAACAAACCACUUCUUCUGGACCAGCUAAUAGUACUGGUACAGGGAACACUAUCGGUCCUUCCAACUCUCCUCCAUCGACUCCAUCUACUCGUACACCUGGUGAUGGGGUGGCAAUGUCUGGUAAUCUGCAACAUGUAGGCGGUAUGUCAAAAGGUUUAAUGAUGUAUGGUGCUGAUGGGACAGGACUCGCUUCAUCUUCAAAUCAGAUGGAUGAUUUGGAGCAUUUUGGGGACGUUGCUUCUUUGGAAGAUAAUGUGGAGUCUUUUCUGUCGCACGAUGAUGGGGAUGCCAGAGACAUAUUUGCUGCACUGAAAAGAAGUCCUGCAGAGCACAACACUGACACUUCAAAGGGUUUUUCCUUUAACGAGGCUGGUUGCCUCCGUUCCAGCAAUAGCAAAGUUGUCUGCUGUCACUUCUCUUCUGAUGGGAAGCUGUUGGCCAGUGCCGGACAUGAGAAGAAGGCUGUACUCUGGAACAUGGAUACAAUGAAAACAGAGAGCACUCCUGAAGAUCACACACUUAUCAUUACCGAUAUUCGCUUUAUGCCAAACUCAACUCAGUUAGCAACAUCUGCUUUUGACAGAACUGUGCGACUGUGGAAUGCGGCAGACCCAAGCUAUUGUUUGCACACUUUUAUGGGCCAUGGGUCUCAAGUGACAUCAUUAGAUUUCCAUCCCAAAAAGACAGAUGUUCUGUGCUCUUGUGAUGGCAAUGGUGACAUUCGGUUCUGGAAUGUCAACCAGUACAGUUGUAUCCGUAAUUCUAAGGGUGCGACAGCACAAGUGAGAUUCCAGCCUCGAGUUGGACUUUAUUUAGCAGCGGCUACAGAAAAUAUUGUGUCCAUAUUUGAUGUUGAGACCGACAGAAAGACACUGUCAUUACAGGAACACACCAAAGAGGUUCACUCUGUUUGCUGGGACUCGAGUGGGGACUACUUGGCAUCAGUCAGUCAGGAUACUGUAAAAGUCUGGUCAAUAAACUCCGGGGAGUGCAUUCAUCGGCUUAGCUCCAACGGCAACAAGUUCCAUUCAUGUGUUUUCCAUCCUAGCUACCCCAGUCUCUUGAUCGUCGGAGGCUAUCAGUCUUUGGAGCUGUGGAAUAUGGUAGAGAACCAGUCGAUGACCGUGCAAGCACAUGAAAAUUUAAUCGCGGCCUUGGCGCAGUCUCCGGUCACCGGAAUGGUUGCCUCCGCGAGCCAUGACAAAACUGUGAAACUGUGGAAGUAGGAUUUCAAAAAAA